GUCACCAGCGGGAUCAACGUCACCCCUCAUCUCCCCCUACUUCCCUUUCACCGCCAACCUGACAUACUUCUCGAUUACUAUCUCUCUCUACAACAACUCCAACCACAACUCCAACCACAACUAACUGGACUACACUGCUCUGAAUCAAAGCUUACCCACUACAGCCUCACAACCACAAAACGAAGCCCACACCCACACCCAAACUGAAACCCCACGGCCCAACACCAACGCAACCCAACAACCCCCUCCAAGUUCAUCACCAACCCACCCAACCUCUCCCAAAAUGAACAUCCUCCACUCAACCCUAAGCACCUGGCGCGACCGCCUGGCCCCAAUCUCCCGCACCUCGACCUUCCGCACGACCGGCCAAAUCACACCCGAAGAGUUCGUGCUCGCCGGCGACUACCUGGUCUACAAGUUCCCGUCGUGGGCGUGGGCGGACGCCUCCUCGCCGGCGAAGCGCGUCUCGUACCUACCGGCCGGCAAACAGUUCCUGGUGACGCGGGGCGUGCCGUGCCACCGACGGUUGAACGAUGAUUUCGCCGGGGAUGCCGGGCGGGAGGAGGAGAUUGUUCGGGAUAUGCUUUUCGGGGAUGAUGCAGAUGCCGCAGGUGAUGAGGAGGAGGGAUGGUUGAGGACUGGUGGUGGUUCUUCCUCAACACAAGCCCAGGGAGGGAGCGCUGAUGGUAGCGCUGGAGGCCGGAUAGGGGAUAUCCGCACCGUCGACGAAGCGGGGAACGUGGCCGACCGUGCCGAUCAAGAGGAAGCCGAAGAAGAAGAAAUCCCCGACAUGGAGGAUGAGGAUGACGACGAGGAGGCGAUUAUCCGCGAGCCGGUCGGAAAGAGUUCGGGGCUUUCGACACCAACAAGAACCUACAACCUCUACAUCACCUACAGCAACUUCUACCGCACCCCGCGCCUCUACCUCUCGGGCUACCUUUCGCCCUCGGAACCGCUCCCGCCCCCGCUCAUGAUGGAGGACAUCGUCGGCGACUACAAGGACAAGACCGUCACGCUAGAGGAUUUCCCCUGGUUUGAUGGAAAUGUCAAGAUGGCCACCGUGCACCCCUGCCGCCACGCCUCGGUCAUGAAGACCCUCCUGGACCGCGCAGACGCCGCGCUGAAGAUUCGACGCGAGAAGGUGCGAGCCGCUGCCGCCGCCGCCCAGCAAAAACAGCAGCAAGAGACCCAGGCGGAAGGGCUGGUCGAUCCCGUGCGCGGGCUUUCCCUGCACGAUGCUACCCCAAAAACGGAGAGACACGGCGGCGAUGAGUGGGAGGUGCUGCAGCAUGACCACGAUGAAGAACAAGAGGAAGAAGAGCAGUUUGCGAUCCGGGUGGAUCAGUAUCUGGUGGUGUUUUUGAAGUUCAUUGCCAGUGUGACGCCGGGGAUUGAGCAUGAUUUUACGAUGGGGGUUUGAAAGUUUGGGUGCGUCGUUUUUGUUUUGUGUGUGUUGUUGUUGAGUUCGGGUAGGUGUAGUAGGCAUGAGGAGUUGGGUUCCGGUUUGGGCGUUUGUGUUUUAAUUCGUGGUUACUUGACUUGACUUUACUUAUCUACUCACUAACGACCAUUCGACUUUGCUCUCUAUUCUCUGUUGUGUAAGUAUUUCUGGGUCGCUAAUAAGCCUGGUUACUGUUUGUCAUCUGCCCCCUCUCAAAGGGGGUUGUUUGCCUGGGCGAGACGUGACAACCGUUCGUCUGCUCCCUCAAGCAAUAUGAAUCCCGGCCCUCCACCAGUUCAUCUUCCCCUCAUUUUUCCCAUCUUCUUUUUCUCGCAAACUGCAAAACUCUACUAGCAAGCGAACGAGCCAUGAAGAAUCCGA